AUGCAUCGUCGCACAGACGCUGUCAAAGAACAGAUGCAAUUCAAGUUCACUGCCGCUUUAUUGACUGUCGUCGCUAUUAUCGCACCAGCUAUGGCUGACUCUUGCCAAGUUGGAGGUGUCGAGGCUUGUUUGGCCAGCUGCAAGCUCCAAAAUGGCAUUACUAGCGGUGCAUACUGUAACGCACAACAAAUCUGUGUCUGUACUGAAUAA